GAGUCGAAGCGAGUAAACUCAACAGGUCAGCUGUUCGGACCCGGAGCGCUGCAGUCCCGGCUCGGAGCGAUAUAACAAGCGAGAAACGCCAGCUGUUCUACUGUUGUGCUAACUGGGGCUAAUGCUAACACAGAGACCGGGACAAACCGGGGAGGGUUUGGACUGAAGUCACGGCUCGGCUGCACCGUCAAGCCCCGCCUUCCCGCAGGCUGCAGCCACGUCACUGCCUCAAUCCCCACUGGCGCCUUUAUUUGGAUGAUCAGCAGCGGUGGUUUAACUUUCACGACAACUCAAGACACAAAGUUAAGUCUGACACGAAGGAAGGGACCGAGGUUCAGUGUUUCCCCGCGGAGAGUUUAUAAUCAGAUGCAUGCUGUUAUAAUGUGUCGUGAUUGAGAUCCUGCCGCAUCAAACAACCCGGAAAAUGACGAAGUUACGUUUUUCACUCUGAAUUACAGACUCGUCACCAGUAAACUGGAAGCUGUCUGACACACUCGCGAAGACGGAGGCUGUUUUCAGGGGGAAAGUUCACUGAAGUCUCGGUCUGGAGGGCUGAUGGUCGCUGUGAUUUAUUUUCAUCAGAAACACGUGCAGCCGUGAUUUACUACAUUUGUGCAGAAGGAACCAACGCUGUUAUGGCAGAUCAUGGUAGAACAGUUAUGAGUCAGGAGGAGGAUCCAUCACCUGGCACCAUGGAUUGGUCUAAACACCCAGUAAGAUCCAGAAAACAGCCUGGACGACGAUGCAAGCCUUAUCCAUUUGGAAAGUAUCAACCUACAAAUAGAUACAUAGAGAACAAUAUUCUUGAUAUCACAGAAUCUGGUGCCUCAGACUUCAUUGAACCCUGCCAUGAGUACAAAGCUUUCACCAAUGUAACAGAGGAAACAAAAAUGAAAAAGUUCACUUAUGAGGUAAUUCGCUUUGCAGCUGCCUGCAUGAACAGCCGUACCAACGGCACCAUACAUUUUGGAAUAGGGGACAAGCCAGACUUCAUCCAUGGUCAAGUGUUGGGAGUGGUUGUUGUUGAGGACAGAGAGGCUUACGUUAAAGAGCUCAAACUUGCCAUUGAUCGUUGUUUUGCGUAUAAACACAAGCAGAUUGCUAAAAUGUGCAUCAAACCUGCUCGAUUUGUCGGUGUUCUCAAUAAGAAUACGACAUCAUCUGACAAAUGUGUGAUAGAAGUGGACAUAGUUCCUGAAUCAAAGAUCUGUGGAGAAAACAUCUUCCAAACUUUCAACAUGGAAACAAAAAAAGCCAAGAAAAAAGCGAAAGGUAAAGAAACAGUCAAACCUGAAACAAAACCACAGAAACAAUUCUUUGUCCGAGAUGGAGGCAGCAGCAGGGAUCUCCUCGCACCAACCACAGGUGCCAAACCUAUGGUGGAAUACGGCCAGUUUGUUGAUCGUAUACCACAAUUAGCUCAACUUCGAAAACAAUCUGAAGAGAAGCACCCCAAUGUGAUAAAAAGCAGUACUCAAGGCUCAAGAUUAAGUCAGAUGAUAACUGGUGGUUCCCUCUCAUUAGAUAAGUCACACUUUGAGCAGUAUGUGAUCAUAACUAACAAAUCACAUCCAGUUCAGUUGGAAUCACUGGGAUUUCUUGUUGAACUCAACCCAACAGCUGUUUUAGACUUUGAUCCAGAAUCAGCUAAACAUGGAUUACAGCACCACUUUAAACAGCUGAGUAGACUGAGUGUCCAUUUACCAGCAAAGUAUAAAAUCACAGAAGGAGUUGAGGACAUUGCAAACAAGUUAGAAUUAACUCGUAACACCAGCUGGGUAUUCUGCAACAGAGGUAUUGAGCAUGAGGUACCAUCAGAAAUAGAUGAGUGGUUGAUGGACAAGGGAGCCUCCAACCGAGAUAAGAUGUCAUUUUUGUGUCGGAAAGAUGUGCUUCCAAACAAGAGAUUUCUUGUCAUCUUCUUACUUUUGUCAACAGUGAGUGACGAGAUGGACCCUCUUGUUAAGACAUUCAGUACAUUCUAUCAGGAGCUCAAAGGCACAGAACAAAUUCUUUGUGUAUGUGACAAUGAGAAUGCAUUUAUCUCCUGGAGAGACCUAAUCGAUGCUCGGUGCGGAAUCGACAUUUCUUCCAGAUGCAUAUAUGAGCUCAGUCUUGCAGAAGUAAAUGGCACUAUUCUUAGUCUUUUUUCAAAGCAUCUUUUAUCUAAGAAUUUCCUAACCUGUGGUGGAGGAAGCAAAGUCAUCCUUGAAGAGUCAGUGAAUCAAAGCCUGAACACCUUAGAGGUCUUCUGCAUUAAGCAACAAGAAAAUCUUGACUCUGGUGGGACUGAUGUGGCCAUGUUUACUUCAUGGAUUCUCAGGGACACAUUCCGUUGUGCUGUCCUCAGAGACUGCAAUGCUGACUUCACUGAAGUAGCUGAGCAAGUAGUCACACUUUUAAUGUAUGGCCAUGAGGAGCAAGUACCACGGGUCCCAGUUUUGCUGAUGAUAUAUGACUUUAAAGGCAACCAUAAAGCCGUUGACUUGCAGCAGGCCAUUGACAAAGAAUGUGUGAAAAAAGGAAUUCAGGGUAUGUCAGCAAAAGUAAUCCCCCUUGAAAGCCCCACUAAUGGGUCCAGCUCUCACAAGUAAUAAUAAUAUUAAUUGGUGUGAAUGCUGACACAGCAUUCACACUAAUUAAUAUUAUUAAAGUUUUUAUUCUUCUUCCGUACGUUUUUCGGCAUGCUUCUU